AUGCUGUUGGCCACGGCGCUUGCAUUGGCCGGGCUAGCCGCCGGAGCGCGCGCCGGCGGCAUCGCCAUCUACUGGGGCCAGAACGGCAACGAGGGGACGCUGGCGCAGACCUGCGCUACGGGCAACUACAAGUUCGUCAACGUGGCGUUCCUCCCGACGUUCGGCAAGGGGCAGACGCCGGUGCUGAACCUGGCGGGCCACUGCGACCCGGCGAGCAACGGCUACGGGCUCUCGUCGCCGGACGACGCGAGGAGCGUCGCGGCGUACCUCUGGAACAACUACCUCGGCGGCAGGUCGUCCAAGACCAGCAGGCCCCUCGGCGACGCCGUCCUCGACGGCAUCGACUUCGACAUCGAGAGCGGCGGGAGCCUGUACUGGGACGACCUGGCGAAAGCCCUCAAGUCCUACUCCCGGCGCGUGUACCUGUCGGCGGCGCCGCAGUGCCCGUUCCCGGACGCGUCGCUAGGCACCGCGCUCGGCACGGGGCUGUUCGACUACGUGUGGGUGCAGUUCUACAACAACCCGCCGUGCCAGUUCAGCUCGGGGCGCAAGGCCUUCCUAGACGCAUGGAAACAAUGGCAGUCGGUGCCGGCGGGGAAGAUCUUCCUGGGUCUGCCCGCCUCCAAGAGCGCGGCGGGCACCGGGUUCGUGCCCGCCGUCCAGCUCACGUCGCAGGUGCUGCCGCUCAUCAAGGGCUCGCCCAAGUACGGCGGCGUCAUGCUCUGCCCGCCGUGCCAGUACAGCGCGAGCGCCGGCGUGGGCAGCCUGGCGAGCGCGUGGGCGCAGUGGACGUCCAUCAGGGCCGGGCGGGUGUUCCUGGGCCUCCCGGCCGCGCCCCAGGCCGCGGGCAGCGGGUUCGUGCCGGCGACCGACCUCGUGGCGCAGGUGCUGCCGGUUGUGAAGAACUCCACCAAGUACGGGGGCAUCAUGCUCUGGUCCAGGUACUACGACGGGCUCACGGGGUACAGCAACGCGGUCAAGUCCCAAGUCCAACAAUCUCUAGUACGUAUGGCGACGGCGGCUGCUGCAACGAUGUACUCCAUUCCCGUCCCGAGCGCCAUGCGGUGCCGGACUUUCUCCACGUCGAUCAAGACCGAUGCCCCGCGCGUCGCUUCCCCCACGCCGCGACUGGCGAGCCUCGCGUGGGGCGCGGGCGCACGGGUUGCGCGGCGGUUCAGGGCGUCCGCGGCCGUGCACAAAGUGAAGCUGGUCGGGCCCGACGGCUCGGAGAGCGAGCUGGAGGUGGCCGCGGAGGAGGCCGGGCUGGAGCUGCCCUUCUCGUGCCGCGCCGGGUCGUGCUCCGCGUGCGCGGGGAAGCUGGCGUCCGGCGAGGUGGACCAGUCGGAGGGCUCGUUCCUGGACGACGCGCAGAUGGCCGAGGGGUACGUGCUCACCUGCGUCUCCUACCCCAGGGCGGACUGCGUCAUCUACGCGGACAAGGAGGAGGAAGUACAUUAG